CAUGUAAAAAGCAUUGGUUAGAUAGGCGAUUGAUUACAAGUUUCCACUCUGUACCUAUUCUGUGCUCUGGCGACCCGAAUUUUUUAUAGGUAUAUCACUUGUCAAGGGUGCCAGAAUUCGGUGUUACCAGAUUUUUUUCUUGUUUCUUGUAGACUGUCAUUUUUUGAAAAAUUUGAGCAAUCUAUAAAAAAAUCAAUGUGCAGUGAUGUGGCUUACACUGUAAUUAGCAAGGCAUUGGCAUUGUAACAGCUGUUUUUGUGGACGGCUGUCUAUUUGUGACGUGUCCUGCCAAUUCCUCCUGGUCGUCGUCUUGCUGGAGUGGAUUAUUUUUGACAAGGUUAUAGACGGGAAUUUCCACGUCUUCGCCUUGAAAGAUGACAACCUAUGAGGAAUUCAUCCUUCAGAACGAGGAGAGAGACGGAGUUCGUUUCACGUGGAAUGUAUGGCCGUCCAGUCGACUGGAAGCCACCAGGCUUGUUGUUCCCGUUGGAUGUCUGUAUCAACCUUUGAAGGAGAGACCUGAUCUACCGCCUGUACAGUACGAUCCAGUUCUUUGUACUAGGAAUACUUGUCGUGCAAUUCUGAAUCCAUUGUGCCAAGUCGACUAUCGAGCCAAGCUAUGGGUCUGCAACUUUUGUUUCCAGAGGAAUCCUUUCCCCCCUCAAUAUGCAGCUAUUUCGGAGCAGCAUCAACCAGCAGAACUGAUACCUUCAUUUUCCACCAUCGAAUACAUCAUUACCAGAGCGCAAACGAUGCCGCCGAUGUUCGUGCUGGUGGUGGACACGUGUCUGGACGACGAGGAGCUGGGAGCUUUGAAGGACUCACUGCAGAUGUCGCUGUCGCUGCUGCCGCCCAAUGCACUCAUCGGUCUCAUCACGUUCGGCAAAAUGGUGCAGGUGCACGAGCUUGGCUGCGACGGCUGCUCGAAGAGCUACGUGUUCCGUGGCGUGAAGGACCUGACUGCCAAGCAGAUCCAGGACAUGUUGGGCAUUGGCAAGAUGGCCGCCGCUCCACAGCCCAUGCAACAGCGCAUUCCCGGCGCCGCUCCCUCCGCACCUGUCAACAGAUUUCUUCAGCCUGUCGGAAAGUGCGAUAUGAGUUUAACUGAUCUGCUUGGGGAAUUGCAAAGAGAUCCAUGGAAUGUGGCUCAGGGCAAGAGACCUCUCCGAUCUACUGGAGUUGCAUUGUCCAUUGCAGUUGGUCUGCUCGAGGUGAUACUUGGGCUUGACCCGUCAAAUAAAAAUAAUGCAACAAGGUGCACAUACCCGAACGCAGGCGGACGCAUCAUGCUGUUCGUGGGUGGACCGUGCUCGCAGGGCCCUGGUCAGGUGGUGAACGAUGACCUGAAGGAGCCGAUCAGGUCGCACCACGACAUCCACAAGGACAACGCCAAGUACAUGAAGAAGGCGAUGAAGCACUACGAUGCGCUGGCGGUGCGCGCCGCCACCAACGGCCAUGCCAUCGACAUCUACUCAUGCGCACUCGACCAGACCGGCCUCCUCGAGAUGAAACAGUGCUGCAAUUCCACCGGAGGACACAUGGUUAUGGGAGACUCGUUCAACUCGUCACUGUUCAAGCAGUCGUUCCAGAGUGUCAUCAUUCGAGACGCAAAGGGUGACUUCAAAAUGGCUUUCAAUGGCGUUCUCGAAGUGAAAACCUCUCGUGAGCUCAAAGUUAUGGGCUCGAUCGGACCAUGUGUUUCGUUGAACGUGAAAGGCUCGUGUGUGUCAGACACUGACAUUGGCUUGGGCGGCACCUCUCAAUGGAAAAUGUGCGCCUUCACUCCACACACAACUUGUGCAUUCUUCUUCGAAGUUGUCAACCAGCACGCAGCCCCAAUCCCACAGGGAGGAAGAGGAUGCAUCCAAUUCAUUACGCAAUACCAACAUUCCAGUGGCCAGAGAAGGAUACGUGUCACCACCAUCGCUCGAAACUGGGCAGAUGCGAGCACCAACCUGGCACACAUCAGUGCCGGCUUCGACCAGGAGGCAGGAGCCGUGCUGAUGGCCCGCAUGGUCGUGCAUCGCGCCGAGACUGACGAUGGACCUGACGUCAUGCGCUGGGCUGACCGCAUGCUCAUCCGUCUCUGUCAGAGGUUCGGUGAAUACAGUAAGGAUGACCCUAACAGUUUCCGUCUGCCAGAGAACUUCACACUUUAUCCGCAGUUUAUGUACCAUCUGCGUCGAUCCCAAUUCUUGCAAGUGUUCAACAACAGUCCUGAUGAAACAUCUUACUACAGGCACAUUCUUAUGCGAGAGGAUCUGACUCAGAGUUUGAUUAUGAUCCAGCCGAUUUUGUACAGCUACAGCUUCAAUGGUCCCCCCGAGCCAGUGCUGCUCGACACCAGCAGUAUUCAACCCGACAGAAUCCUAUUGAUGGACACAUUUUUCCAAAUUCUCAUUUUCCAUGGAGAGACGAUUGCUCAAUGGCGAUCUCUGGGCUACCAGGACAUGCCAGAGUACGAGAACUUCAAGCAGCUGCUGCAGGGACCAGUGGAGGACGCCAGGGAUAUUCUGCAAACGAGGUUUCCCAUGCCUCGUUACAUUGAUACUGAGCAGGGAGGCUCACAGGCUCGUUUCUUGCUGUCCAAAGUCAACCCUUCUCAAACCCAUAAUAAUAUGUACACGUAUGGUGGAAUGAUGGGACCAGAUGGAUCGGAGAGCGGAGCUCCAGUUUUGACAGAUGACGUCAGCUUACAAGUUUUCAUGGAACAUUUGAAAAAACUAGCAGUAUCUUCUACUGCUUGAAUGGGGAUAGGAUAGUAAUAUAAUCAAUCAAUUAAAUUUCUACUGUACUAUUGUAUUAUGUCACACUCUCAAUGGUGUAACACUUUCCAAUAUAUUACCUAUAAUUCGAGAUUAAAAUAUUAUUUAUAUUUAAAAUAUUAUUGUUUUAUGUUUAUUGAAUAUAAAUAUAAUACUUUCCUUAUGGAUUA